AAUAGUCAGACCGGACGUCUUGUUGUCGUUAGCGGAAGCCAGACUGUUAGCUUCAGGAAAUCAGUUGGUGGAAAUACUGGAAAAAGAUUUCCUUUUCUGUAAUCAAACCUGCCCAGCACAGAGUCAAACAUACACUGGAGCAGCAACAAACUGCAGCCAAUGGACCCUCGGAUUGUAGUACCGAAUCUGCGGCUUGUCCGUCGAUAGCACGCCCGGGUGCCGAGGCGCCGGGCUGGGCCGGAACCUUAACCAGGCCCGGACGGACGGACGGACAUAACCAGCGCUGCGUUUUGCGACACCGGCGGACUGGUGUGUGUGUGUGUAUGGGAAUUGGCAUGCUCUCUGUUGGGGCUAGUGUAACGUAUCACCGUGACUUGCUGCCUGUAACCAGACAGCGAGUUCGCCGAUGAUUCCCCGGUACUUCUGGUUUGUCAGAUCGGAUGUAAAGGCUUGAGGCUCGAGCAUGGCACAGCGUGAAUUUAGCCAGACGCGAGCUAGCUUUAACGCUAGCUAACGCCAGAGUUAACGUUAACGGACGUCAACUUUUACUCGCUAACUAGCAAGGCAACGUAGGAAAAACAACGAGUAUGAGCGCUAGACCUGGGUUUAUGUGAACGAGGAGUCAUUUUAUAUCGCUUAACAUUUGUCAGCUCGCUUGUUAGCUCUUUAAAAGGCCUGAUAAAUGUUUCUGGAGCGAGUAUAGCAGUGUAGCUAAGUCGUUAGCUGCUAAGUUAGCCUGCCUCGACCGCCCCAAUGAAAGAAUACAAAGUGGUCGUGCUGGGCAGCGGCGGCGUCGGCAAGUCCGCGCUGACCGUCCAGUUUGUCACCGGCACCUUCAUCGAGAAAUACGACCCGACCAUCGAGGACUUCUACCGAAAGGAGAUCGAGGUGGACUCGUCUCCCUCCGUGUUGGAGAUCCUCGACACGGCGGGGACGGAGCAGUUCGCCUCCAUGAGAGAUCUGUAUAUAAAGAACGGGCAGGGGUUCAUCCUGGUCUACAGUCUGGUCAACCAGCAGUCAUUCCAGGACAUCAGGCCAAUGCGAGACCAAAUAGUGCGAGUGAAGCGCUUCGAGAAGGUGCCGUUGAUCCUGGUCGGGAACAAAGUUGACCUGGAAUCUGAGCGUGAGGUCGCCGGUUCAGAUGGACGAGCCCUGGCUCAAGAGUGGGGCUGCCCUUUUAUUGAAACUUCUGCCAAGAGCAAGACUAUGGUGGACGAGUUGUUUGCAGAGAUCGUCCGACAGAUGAAUUAUUCCACACUGCCGGAGAAGCAGGAACAGUGCUGCACAGCCUGUGUGGUACAGUGAGGAAGAGAUACUUGACUGGAUCACCACAAGGAUUUUGAUGAAACUGGGGACAACCUGACUUGAUCCAACAGAUACAAACUUACCGCAGCUGGUAAAGUUUAUGUUUAAGGUGGUUUCUCACUGUCUAACACAGAGCUUCUGGCAAGAAAGACGUCGCUCCUAUUUUUGAUAUAACUGUUAGAAGACGUUUCUGCUGCAACCUUAACGGCCUUUGCAAUGACCCGGGAUGGAGUCAGAUAGACGGACUUGUAAUGAGCGAGAGCGGCCAUCUGUGAAUUUCAGUCUCUUUUUUUCCUUUUAGUCGAAAGUAUCCCUGAAAUAAUAAGCAGGAGUGUUUGUGAGGUUACAGCUUCUUUUUAAAGCUGCUUUAAUCGCUAUUAUAUACUUUAUUAUUACUUGUAUUAUGUCUCAAGGUUGGAAUUUGACAAAGUAUUUCAUAACAUUGAAGCAUUUUGACGUUUAAGCAUGCAUACUUCGACCAGUUUGCUGCCCAGGUAUACUGCUCGCUUUAUUUUGAACUGACUUUGAACUAACUGACACAAACUACAGCAGUGUGUGCUAUGACUUUUUUAGCUCCAGGAAACCUGGACAGGGUUUACGACUUUGUGGGUUAAACCUGUAACAUUUACAUCAAGGGACGGUCACUUUAUCCACCAGUCCGUUCUGCUGCCCUGUGGUUCAAGCAUUUACCUUUUUAUCAUUGCAGUAGCCUGAAGCAGCUAAACUCAUCUGAAAACAUGCAUGCUUAAAAUUGAAAAUGUUCUACUAAAUCAACUUUAAGUGAUGAGGAAGAGCCAUUUUACAGUUUUUAGCCUGAAUUCUGUCAAAGUCUACAAGGCAUGAAUGGCGUGGACGCAGGUCUUCCAUUUUCAGUUUUCUCGAGGAGUCUCUGUGGGAGAAUGAUUUUGGAACGACCAAAGGAAGCUCACAGUGCAUACUUGUGUUUUGAUUACAUGACGUGUGUUGCUUUACAUUCAGGAGAUGCUGAUUUCUUGUCAUCAAAUAACUCCCGCUGCAAUGUGGUUUGAUAAAAGUUCUGGCACAGUUAAUCAGAUUUAACUUUGUAUUUUUCUUUUUCUUAUAGUAACCUAUUUAUUAAAAACUAAUGACAUGGGUAGCCAGUUUUAAACUUUUGAUUUUAUACUAGUUUUUGCUUUUUGUGACUUUUCAGGAUACAUGGUACAUUGUUUUUUGAAGCUAAGGAUUUAACAGAGCCUUAAAUAAUUUCUGUUGCA